UUCAACCGGAUGGUUUCGACGAUUUCUGUAAGUCAAGACCAGCCGAGUUAAGUCCAUUGUCAGUAGCUGCCGGAAGUAACCAUCUUCGUGCCCACCAACCAUGAUGCAAGGAACGGUCGUGACGGUGCCGACGCCGACACCCGCCCCGAAUCCGGUCGCGUCCGAAUCCGCCCGACUGCGGUUCAACGUGGGAUACUUUUUCACGAUGUCCGGAGUGCUGAAGUUGGUUCAGAUUAUCUUCGGUAUCGUUUGCAUGGCCUGUGCCUCUCCGGUCAUCGCUGGCACCGGUUGGUUUAUGUUUGUGGCAAUCUUCUCCUUCAUACUGACGGCACUGUGGAGCCUAGCGCAUCUCUUUGGGAUCCGGGAAGUGAUCGACCCAUCCUUCAAGUGGGGUGCAACGGAAUUUUUCAUCACAGCUUUCCUGGCGUUGCUGUACUUCAUUGCAUUCAUCGUGCAGUUGGCACUGUGGGCGAAUCUGGAUCAUCCGGAUCGGAGUAGAAAUCUGGCAGCCGGGUCUUUUGGAAUAUUCAACUUUCUGGCGUACGUGGCUGGCACGUAUUUCCUGUACGUGGACUACAGAUAGGACACUGGAUGCGAGGAAACAAUAAGUAUAAUGUUUUAUUUUUUCGUGGAUCAUUUUCCUAAGCAUCAAUUGAGUGCGCUCCAAUACCGAAGAAAACAGUAUGUGUUAAGGACUGUAAUAAGUGUUGUCGAAUAUUUUUUCGUAUAUAAAUUAAGUGCGACUAGUAUCUUUUUUGUUUUGUGACGAGAUGUGUGAAGAAUUUCCAAAAGUUUUAUAAAUAUU